AUGAGAGGGGCGGCCUGGACGUUAUUACUAUUAGUGUUGACUAUUACCAGUACCGUGGUGAUUCUGUGCGUUUUAGGCCAAUGGUUCUUCCACCCAGCACUACUGUCACACGAUGAUUCUUCUUCUUCUUCUUCGUUUAUUGUCGGAUACAAUGAGAUUCCGAAUAGUGUUAUCGUGAGCCGAACGUCAACCACCAAUAGACUUUUGCUAGUUUCCACUGGAGAAAAAGAGAAUGAUGAAUUGACGAAUACAAAUUCGUCAAUAAGGACAACAGCAACCCAAUUGGAGAUUGUCUUGUGCACGCACGUGUCGGUGGACAAGCUAGAUCGUCUUGCUGCACAAAGGGAAUCAUGGAAGGGCCCAAUGUCGGUUGCAGUCUACCUAACAUCGGAGGAAGAGGCGGCAGAAUACCAACGGUUUCGUACGACUAAUUACCAAACCAGUGAUCAUGAUGUUGUCUUUUCAACCUACCGAGAACGCAAUGAAAGCCUUGCCCCUUUGUAUCCUCACAACAUUCUACGAAAUCUGGCAAUCAGCAAUGCUCCAAGUGACUAUAUUAUUUCGUUGGAUGCGGAUUUCUUGCCCUCCACCAAUUCCUACCAAACAUUGACUAGGAAGCUGAAGAAUGAUGAUGACGUCUUUCGGCAAUCCCUCCAACAGCAAACGCUCUACAUUCUUCCAGUAUUUGCGCUUUUGCAAGGAGUUACGCCUCCCUCCACGCGCAAGGAAUUGGUGUCCAUGUAUCACAACAAGUCCGCCAUGGAGUGGCACUAUGCUCCGGGACAUGCCAAGAUCUACUACAAAGCAUGGACGGCCAACGAUCGAACCAGUCCCAACCAAACCCUCAUGGAUGACUUUUCCUAUUUCAUUGAACCCAAUCCCGAGUUUGAGCCGUAUUUUCUUUGCUACCGUAGUCCAGAAUUACCAAAGUAUUGGGAAACCUUUCGGGGGUUUGGAAUGGACAAGACGAGUUUUACCCAUGAAUUGGCUUUGUCGAAAUACGAAUUUCGGGUGCUGUGGGACUUUUUCGUGAUGCACGUGUAUCACGCCGUCCAAGGCAAGGCAGAGGAUCGCAAUACGUUGGCCAAUCGAAAUGUGGAUAUAUGGAGAAAAGAAUUCACCCCGUAUCUGUCGAACAAAUAUCAACCAAAGGGGAUGGAAGAGCGAUGGGUCUAUCCACGCUUCCGGGACUACUUGAGCAAUGCCAAGCAACGACAACAAGCGAGCACGUAG